AUGCAAUUAGGUCGUAUCUCACUACAAUCACGGCAGCCUUCGGCUUGGCGUAUAAGCCGUAGUAAUCUGGAUAAUACAGCAACAUAUACUCUACCUGUCAGACAAUCCGUUGAUAGUCGUGGCUAUCAACAUAUUCCGUUGCGUAAGAAUAUUCCUCAACGGGUUUCUCGUGUCUCACUUUCUGAAAGGCAAUCUCAAGCAUAUCGAUCAUCUGUUCAUAAUCCAUGGGUUCGUAAUGCGAGCGAUCAGCAGAGUCCUUCGUCGAUAACAUCUGAAUCACCAACAUUGCGAGAUAAUUUUGGAUCUCUAUUUCAUAAGCAGAAUGAUUCUGGCAAGACAAGAAAUCGACAAAAAACAAAUCGUCUUCGAAAAGCUUUUCUACUUAUAUGUGGUUGUCUUGUACUUCCAUUUUUACUAGCGCUUCUACUUGCUUUACUUCUUGGAUUUCUUUAUCAUCCACAGUCUUCCAAAACAACUAUUGGUGUAACUUUUACCACUACAACAUCAACAACAUCAACAACAUCGACAACAACGAGCACAACAACUGUGACUACGACGACAACAACAGAAAGUACGACGACUACAACAGGUGAAUAUCAAAAUGUAUUAUCAUUACUACACAUUAUUCAUUUUAUUUUUUACUUUUCAGUAACACAAACAACGACGACGAGUACCAGUACAGCUACGACUACAAGUACAACAAUCACGACAAGUACUACAAGUACAACAACCACAACAACAUCUUCAUCAACAACUACAACAACAACAAUAACAACGACGACAACGAUGACAACAACAACAACAUUUAACUGUGCGUCCACUAUUAAUUCAACUUUAGAGUCAUAUGGAAGGUCCGAUUGUGCAAGAGACCAUUGGCAUACAUUUUCAAACAGCUUUGUCGCAUCAUAUACUGGUAUAAGUACACUCGUAUUUUCCUUCACUUCUAUCAGCGGUGCCACUGUGUACUUAACCAAUAUCAUAGUAAAUGAUACUAGUAACAUUCAACUACUUAACAAUGGAGAUUUCUCUGCGUCAUCUGGAUCAACACCAACGAAUUGGCUUAAAUGUGCCGAUUUUGGACAAGUUUAUUCUUCAUGUGCUGUCGCGACUUCCAGUGCAUGUUAUACCAUCCCAACUCAGGGUGGUUUUAUUUCACAAUCGUUCUCAGUCGUAUCUGGUACACAUUAUACCGUUCAAUUUGAUCUCUAUCAUCAUUCUUUUUCUGGGAAUAGUGGUACAUUUACAUUGGAUGUCGCUGCUGUCUGA